AUGCCUGAAAGCGACUAUGAUUGCGUGAUACCAGCCCAACUUUCAUACCUUGCCAUCUAUAACCCAACUCUCGGAGCUACCGAUGAGACGGUAGCGGACCAGAUCGUAUUCCACACCUCGAGAUCGAGCCAUGCGCGGCUCACCAAUGAAUCCGCGGCAGAAGAUGGCGCAAACAAAAGCCUUGAAGAUGAGGAGAAUGAGAAGUUACGCCAAAUAGGCCUGGCGCAGGGCAUGGUCAACUUUGCUAGUAACUUUUCCGCUGGGAAGACGCUGGAAUAUGUCGAAACACAGAAAGCCCGAGUCAUUCUGCUUGAGUUGGAGAAGGACUGGUGGAUAGUUGCCUCAAUCGACCUGACUCGAUUACCCGCCGAUCCAGCUCAAAAGUCCACAGACUCUCCGGCAUUCCAAUAUUCAUCGCGAGAGAUGGGGCCGCCGGCUUUGAUGAUCCAGCAAUUACGUCGGGCGCAUUCGCAGUUCCUUCUGCAGCAUGACUUCACGUUGGACAGUCUGCUCAGUCGAGUUGGCAGGCCCACAUUUUGCCGUUUCCUUGAUCAAUUCUGGGAGAAGUUUGCUUGGGAUUGGGAAAUACAGUUGACCGGAAACCCAAUCGUCGAGAUAUACAAUGGUAUCAAGCUCUCCGCUGGGGGAGAAUUGGGGAUCGGCGUAGGGGAGGAAGAGUGGGGCAGCGGGGAAAGAGAAGUACUUGAAGACUUUGUGACAAGGACAGAGGGCUUGGUGGAUUUGGUCGUCUCCAGGUUUGGCGAUCCGUCCAAACAUCUUGAGGGAUCCCCGGCUUCAGAAAGGUCAAACGAACAAAGCCAAUGGCUUGGGGCAGAUAACGAUCCCCGCCCAUCCGACGGGGUAGUGUUCUCUGGCGUCGGGGCUCUUUCUCGACAUUCAUUGUCUCACAUUUCGCACUGGAUGGAACGCAUCUAUCGGUUUGGUGAUGCGGCAUAUGGGGUUGGGCGAGACCCAACCUCGCUGCGUCGUCGUAAGCGCCGAAAGCAGCGUGGUGGGCAAGCUUCACUGGAUACCCAUCAGCCAUCAACGCCGGAUCGCAGUCUUACACCGGGAAUACCUCGUCCGUUGGUGAUGGCAGCACCCCAGCCACUUCCAGCAGUAGGCACGGAUAAUAAGGCAGAGUCAAGCAAUGAGCCGCCAGAAAAGACCGAUAAUGCGACUUUUCCGACAGAGACUGUCAUGAAAUAUCUCACUCUUGGAUAUGGUUCCUCUUGGAGUUUCUCUCCAAAGUCGGGAUCCACGCCGUCUGCUGGCCGUUCUACCCCAACACAAGAUGAACCUAAUCCGAAUAUAUCAGCCCCGAAGAGUCGACCUUCCAGUGCUGUGCAAUCGCCGCCGGCUGACGGAGACCGUCAGGACACCACCAGUAAUCAACCGUCUGGUCGUUUCGUUCUGGGGCCUCGCGAUGAUCUCGAGAUACUGGAUGAUAUCGAAGAGGGAAGCCCAAAGCCCAACUCUGAGCGCGCCACUCCCAAGACGCGGAUAGUGCAUAGGUCUCUAUAUGUUCAACUGGGGGGUGCACCAGACGGGGCCCUCAAAAGGUUACAAGUGGUGAUCUAUGUGUAUCAACCAUUCAUGUUCACAUUCCUCUUCGAGCCUGAAACACCAGCAUUAUCAUCUCCAUCCCUCUACUCAAGCAUCCAUCAUCAACUCGGGCCCCUCCAGAAACCCCUCCUAUCCUCAACAUCUCCAGCAACGGCCGCUUCGCGAAUCGCCAUGUCCGAGACCUCAACGGACCCCAGCAAACGGUUCUCUACACAAACACAGCCAAUAUACGACCUAGUCUACGACCCACAACACCUAACCAUCCGCUCCUCUAUCCCAAAUAUCCCCAGUCUAGCCAUCACCCCAAACUCUCCCGACCUCUCAACCCGCUCCCCCUCAAUCUCCCCCUCUCCAUCCCCAUCCCCACAACCAUGGUCCCGCCUCGAGAGCGUAGCAAUCCACCACCGCCUCCUAUCAACAUACACAGACACGCGCGCCCGCCCCCAAGAGCUCGAACGCACAAGCAAAACCCACCGCGGGUGGUGGGUCGUCUGGGUCCGCAUUCCUCACAACAAGACACCAACCGCGCUUUCCGUCGCCUCUUCAUCCGUCGCGUUGUCAUCAAUGGCAAACGAUGAACACGCGGGAGAGGCUCGGUCACGGUGCCCCCCUCCGCCGCGCGAGGCUUUCCUUGUCCGCAAGGCGAGCGAUUACACCUCCGCUAGCCAUGGUCGAGUCAGUAGUGGUACUCGCUUCUUCCGGGAUCUUGGCGGUGCGUCAUCUUCUGCUGGAUUGGGGUCUUCCGGUGCAGAAAUGGUUCCGUCGAAGCUUGUUGAAGGGCUUGGGAUGGAUGCUAGGCGGUAUAUUGAGGGUUUGCUGAGUUUGAAUCAGUAG